UAUUUACAGUUUCAGGAUUCUACGUCUCGGUGAAACGUCAUCAGAUUUUGUGUCUUCCGAAGUGGUUUUUGAAUCGAAUUUCGCUCGAAGGAUCCGAAAAUGCAUUGCUGCAGAUUAUGUUUCAACGUCGGGUUCAUGAUCCUGAUUAUGAUCGGCGUUGCUCACGCGCAUUUUGGAGCAAAAACACCGGGUGACGAUGACGGCGGAACUUCGUCCAACGCAACCGAUGUUCUUCGUUUUGACAAGCAUUCUUUCAUCAAGUACUUGUUUAACAAGUACGGCGACGACAGCGGGACGAUGACAUUUGAGGGAUUUGAGCAUUUGUUGGAACAACUCGGUCUCGCAAACGUGGUGAUUAAUGAUCACAAAGUAAACGAUCAUAAGGCCAACGGUUCUUUUGCCGAGAUGCACAAAGAUAAUCACUCGUCGAUUCGUGAGAAAGACGCUCAUGUUGAUCAUAAGCAUGAUGAAUCGUAUUCUGCGAUGGAUCACGACCAUGAAAGAAUUCAUCACUCGCAUCAUCAUUCGAUUGGAAACCGAGUUCGACGAUCUGCAGAGGCCCAAAAUUCUGAUGUCGGAGAUGUGAAGCAUCAUCUGGAUCUUCCUGUGAAUCACGAGGUGAGUUUCCUGGGG